AACUAUGAACUGCUGUAUUUUUAUUAACUAACGUUAAGAAAGAUUAAUAAAUACAGUAACAAAUGUAUUGCUCUGGUUAGUUCAUUUAGUUAGUUAAUACAUUAAUAAUGUUAACAAAUGAACCGUAUUGUGUUACCAAUUUUAUACUUUAUCAUUUAAAUAGCCUAAUUAAAAAUAAAUACAUAGAAUAAAAUGAAUAACAAUCACAGCUUGUACUCCUUACAUCGUUAAGCGUCUGGAAGAAAUAAUGUUAAUCGAUUUUUUUAACCAAACCAGUGAAGCGAGGGCUAUUCACUAAUUACAUAAUUUUAUUACUAAACCUUAAUCUCAUUUAUAUAGGGUCUGAGGAUUGUGGACAUAAUUCUAUAUUACGGGACAUUACUUUGACGAGCCAGAAAAAAAGACAGCUAAGACACCCUCAAAUUACUUUAAAAAUAUUUGAAAAAAAAUAUUUUUUUAUUAUUUCACUCAAUCUUUGUGUGUGUGUGUGUGUGUGUGUGUGUGUGUGUGUGUGUGUGUGUGUGUGUGUGUGUGUGUGAGAGAGAGAGAGAGAGAGAGAUUGGAAGGGAGGGAGGGAGAGAGUGAAAGUCAGAGAGGAAAGAGAGAAUCAAUAAUCAAAUAUCUCAAUAUAAGGGGGUGUGCGUGCGUUAUGUUCCCUUCCCUAGGCUGUUGUAACAGGGCAAGAUCAUCUCAUAUUCGUACUUUUAUUGUUGCUUCAUGUUUUUUAUCGGAGUGGUCAGCUGACAUUGGCAUCUUGUCAAUCUUAAAAAAGCAAAACAAAAAAAAAGUAUUUAUUAAAAAGACUUGAAAUAAGAUAUAGGUUGAUAAGGAUAAAGAGUGUGUGAGAGAAAAAGAGAGUGUGUAGAUUAAGGGAGGGAGUGAAAGAAAAAGUGGCGUUUAAAGGAAAGAAGGUAUGAAUUCCUAUUUUACGAACCCGUCGCUCUCAUGCCAUUUAAACGGCGGUCAGGAAGUUCUGUCCAAUGUUACCCUCAGCUCGACAAACUAUGACCCGGUGCGACACUUCUCGCCAUAUGGGGCAGCCGUGGCCCAAAACCGGAUAUACUCCAAUCCGUUCUAUUCGCCUCAAGAAAACGUUAUCUUCGGAUCAAGCCGAGGACCGUACGAGUACGGAUCAAAUGUGUUCUACCAGGACAAGGAUGUGCUUCCAAGCUGCAGGCAAAGCCUUGGGCAAACACAGGGUUCACUGACCCAGGAUUACGCGUCAGACCAAGGCAAGACUGCGUCUCAGGAACCGAAAGGAAGUAUUCAAAUAUAUCCGUGGAUGCAGAGGAUGAACUCGCACAGUGGAGUUGGCUAUGGGUCCGACAGACGGCGAGGUCGCCAAAUCUAUUCGCGAUACCAAACUUUAGAACUAGAGAAAGAAUUCCAUUACAAUCGUUACUUGACAAGACGUAGAAGAAUCGAAAUCGCCAAUGCGUUGUGUCUGUCGGAACGCCAGAUUAAAAUUUGGUUUCAGAACCGCCGGAUGAAGUGGAAGAAGGAGAGCAAUCUCACAUCCAGCAUCAAUGACAGUGGCUUGGUAGGAGCUGGCCAGGACACGGACAAAGAAGAAGCAGGGGAAACAACAGAAAAAAAAGAGCAUAACUGACGUCUUUAGCAAAGGGUCUACAGCAUUCAGUGUGAAAUAAUGUUCUACUACAUGAUAACUAAGCUACCUGUCGAACUUUCAUAAUUUGCACAAUUAACACCAAACACUGUUACAUUUCAAUUAAAUGUGAAACGUGUUUUGCCAUUUACUCUUUCCCCAAAAUUGUGGAAACCUUUUUAUUUCCAGAAAUUACGUUCCUAGAAUUGGACGAUGGCUAUUAUGGAUCAAAGAAAGCUACCACUGGACAGACAGCUGCAGUCUUUAUCUUCAGUGUAUAUUGUUGGGAUAUUCUAAUAUCGUUUGGAAAUCUUGGAUGUUUCAAAGUUUAUAUAAGGGACUGUGAUGUAGACUUUGACGAAACACAUUACGGAAUUUCCAAAUAGGCUACAAUCAUUUUUUAUCAUUCAUUAUCGUGUAUUAUCAUAAACUGUAAAAUCGAUAAUAGCAAGUGCAUUGUAAAUGUUUGUAAAUAUAUGAGAUUCGACUAAUUUUGAUGAGCAUUUGUGUAGCUUUCCUUAAAAUUUUCUGUUUUGUGCUUUUCUUCGCGUUCUGUAAGAACCAUAUGGUGUAAAAAAAAAAAAAAAAAAAAAAAGUUAUUUGGAUUAUUAGCUAACAAGCGAUAUGGAUACAAUGUUUGAAAACAGCGUAAAUUAAUAUUCAAUAAAGCUGUAAUGAAUGUAACGACACUACCUGAUUUCCUGUUAAGUAUUAGUCGAGUCGUGUGCGAAACUUUAAAAUGAAACCAACAUAAACCAAUCCUUAAAUUACAAGGUACUGCUUCAGAACUAUGUACUCCUAUACGGAUGAUGAGAUUUUUUUUCCUCACAAUGUUUUUAGAAAAUAAAACUUUUUAAUUAUGUAACGUGA